CAGCUACGAAAGAAAUAAUUUAAAGGAUACAAUAUGAGAAUUAUCAAACAAUUUAUUUCAAUUUUAUUCACAAAAUAUGUACCCCGCACACAUGAAUCUGCGGUAUCCCAUUUGUCGCCAUUACGCUAUGCGCACAGUACGCAAAAACGCACGCAUCCAUCAGCGGAUAGAAACUCCAAACCCAUUUUGGAGGCUAUGCUCAAACGAGUGGAUGCAAUAACACCGGGCUUGAAAAUGCUUGAAAUUGCAUCCGGUUCUGGCCAACACGUUGGAUACAUAGCGCCACAUUUUCCCAAUAUUACAUUUCAGCCUACUGAGUAUGAUACUGAGCACUUUGAUAGCAUAAAAGCUUAUGCUGCGGAAUGUGUUACUGGUAAUAUAUUGCCACCAGUGUUUGUUGAUAUAUCCCAAGACAUGAAACAAUGGACCAAUCAAUUUCAGCCGGCAUCAUUUGAUUAUAUAUUCAACAGCAAUAUGAUUCAUAUUACACCUUUCGCAUGCACUGAAGGCUUAUUUCGUGCUGCUGGUGUGCUAUUAAAAAAAAAUGGUGUACUCCUUACGUACGGACCAUAUGCAGUAAACGGUGUGCUGAAACCAGAAAGCAAUAUCGAAUUUGACAAGCAUUUAAGGGAACGCAACCCCGAAUGGGGCGUGCGUGAUAUAGCUGUGUUGUCGAGGUUGUCAGCUGAAAAUUCAAUAGCACUCCAAAUAGCGCAAGACAUGCCAUCGAAUAACAAGUUCAUAUCCUGGAUCAAAAUGUAAACAAUUAUUGCAGAAAUAUUGUUUGUUUGUCUUAGAUAUGAAACUCUUAGUUAAUAUGUUUUUGUAUAACGUAGCAAUUAAGACUGCAGUUAUUGAUAAAUAAAACCUUAACCGAUAUAGAAGCACUUCAGCAAUACUUCAUUGCACUUUUAUUUUUAAGUGUU